GCGAAAAAAAAAAGUGACGACGUCCUCCCCCUCUUGUUUCUUCUUUCGCGCGGUCCAUGAGCACAGACACGAACACGACCCAUGCCGAGGUGAGGAACCACUCGCGUGUUUUCUUCUUAGACUUUCCAUCCCAAUGCUGCUAAAAGGUACUAGAAGGCCAAAAACACGAAUAACGUUUUCACUUGUAUAGGAUACGACGACGACAUUGGUAGUCAAACAGGUGCCACCUGUCAUUAGCGGAUCGCGAGAACAAGCUUAUGCAUACUUUCGACAAUAUAACGCCAUAUCUGUAAGGCCCAUGGAAGGCGUUGCCAUGCGAGGAACGAUUUUUCUUGACUUUGCUAAUCCAGCACAAGCUGGGGAAGCGUACAGUCGUUUACAGCAAAUGCCUCAAUUUGGUGAAGCAUACAAAAAGAUGCGCGUCGAAUAUGCGAAACCAAAUCCAAAACGAUCAACAGGCAGAGAACGUGCAACGACAACACCAUCACAUAGUUUAUCAUCAUCAACACAGUACCGUCCCUCUGUACCACAAACGUCACAUCCAUCUUCAUCUUCUCCAUCACCAUUAUCAUUAUCAUCACCUUCAUCGUCGUCAAUUCUGCCACGACAAACGCCAUUGCCGCCAAAGCCAGUCACCCAAGGGGAACCUGUCGCACCUCAUCUUGGAAUCAAUUACCCGCCGAAUCCUGAUUUACACUACCGAUACCCUGAUCCUACUCCUGAGAUCCUGACCAACAUGAUGCAUGCUAUAGCAAGUGUUCCACGACUCUAUGUGCAAACAUUGCAUUUGAUGAACAAGAUGAAUUUGCCUCCACCUUUUGGACCUGCAGAGAACGACAGCAUUCCUGCCAUAUUGUCUAAAAAACGAAAACAUGACGAACUCGUAGCUAGUGACGAAUCCGAGCUAGAAUCGGACGAGGAACGAAAGGAUAAAGAACAGGAAAAGCAAGAGACGCGGUCCAAGAUACUGGCGGCGCAGGAACAGAAACGCGCCGCGUUACUCCAAGGCAAAAGUAGCAAUGCUAGUGGCAGCGGCAUGACGAGCAAAAAAAAAUUUUCUGAGCCCCGGCCGUGUCUAUAAAAGAACCGAUUCUUUUCUCUUUGAAGUGAUUACAGCUUUCGCAACUUCAGGUAAUUAUCGGUUCUUUUCUUUGUGGUUUGGUUAUAUGUGAUGGUACGGGUGAGUGGUAUGUAUACAUUCGAAAUGAUGCACAAACCUUUGGACCCGAAUUAUCUAUAUGCAUUUCCGAUGUUCACACUUCACUAGUGUGUGGGUUUUCCGAGUGAACAAUCUCUGAAGAAAUAUAUACAUAUCACACGCCUGUGUUGUUUUGUGGUUGGGAUUGGGGCUUGGUCGAGUUGUUUAAAUGUCCAAACACAUUAACUAACUCAACAUUGGCACGCUGCUUGCAGGUUAAACAAGUUGCAUCGAUCUUAAUCAAGCACUCGGAUUACCUUAGUUUGCAAUUUCUGUUUCCAAACCAAUAAAAAAACCAUUUGAAAAUUACUCUUGUUUUUUGUGAUCAAUUUCAUCUGAGUGGAUAAG